AUGUUAAAUACAUGUUUAAAUAAUGAAAAAAAUCUAUCUUUAGAAAUCUUAAUAAAACAAUUUAUUCAACAAUAUUCGCAACAAAAUUCAACAAAUGAUUUCAAAGAAUUAAUCGAAUUAUUUGAAAAAACAUCAUUUUAUUCAUUAAUAUCAUCAUAUGAACUUAUUCUUCUACAUUAUAAUCAACAACAACAAGAAAAAGAUGAUUUAACAUUAAUUUUAUCUGAUGAAGAAAAUUCAUUAAAAAAAGAAGAAGAAGAAGAUCAUCAUUAUUCAGAUAAAGAUGAUCAAAGUUGUAUUGUUUCAAUGUCUUGUUCAUCAAAAUUAGUUGAUGAAGAAAAAGAAAAUUCAAAUUAUGCAUCAAAAUUAUCUGAAUAUAAUGUUAGUCGAUUAAAAAUAGUUCGUUUAGAAAAACGUCAAGGUGAACCAUUAGGUGCAACAAUAUGUCGAUUAUCUGAUAAUGAUUAUAGAAUAUCAAUAGCGCGAAUUAUUUAUGGAAGUAUUGCACAAGGUCUUUUUACAGUUGGUGAUCAAUUACUUGAAAUAAAUAAUAUUCAUAUUCAAUCACAAUAUAGAACAUUAGAUGAUAUUGUUCAAUUAAUUGAUUCAUUACAUGGAACUAUUUCAUUUCUUCUUUUACCAACAUCAUCAGAUGAAACAACGACGACGACGACGACGACAAAUCAUGGGAUUAAUAAUCAAGCAUUUCAUUAUAAUCAAGAUGAUUGUUCAUCAUCUGUAUAUGUACGAGCAUUAUUUUCAUAUGAUCCAUAUGAUGAUAUGUAUAUUCCAUGUCGAGAAUUAGGUCUUUCAUUCGAAAAAGAUUCAAUAUUACAUAUUGUUAAUCGUGAUGAUUCAUCAUGGUGGCAAGCAUUUCUUAUGGAAAAUGAUGAAAAUAUUAAAAAACAACAAUAUCCUGGAUUAAUUCCAUCAAAACAAUUUCAAGAAAAACGUUUAAAAAUAGUUAAAUGUUUAUUAGAUGAAGAAACAACUGGACAUACAAAAAAGAAAUUAAAAAAGAAAUUAAAUAAAUCUAUUUCACAACAAUCAACACGACAAAAAAUUUUAACAACAUUUAGUUUCGGUACAUAUGAAUCUGUUGAAUGGUAUAUACCAAAUCCAUUACGUAAACGACCCAUUGUUUUAAUUGGUCCAGCACAUAUUGGUCGACAUGAAUUACGACAACGUUUAAUGAAUUCAUCUGAUUUAUCAUCAUUAAUUGAUGUUGCUGUACCACAUACAACAAGAUUAAAAAAAUCCGAUGAAAUUGAUGGACGUGAUUAUCAUUUUAUAACACGACAACAAUUUGAACGAGAUAUUUCAAAUGAUUUAUUUGUUGAACAUGGAGAAUAUGAAAAAAAUCUUUAUGGAACAUCAAAAUCAGCAAUUGAAAUAUGUUCAAAUCAAUUAAAUAAAAUUUGUAUAUUAAAUUUAUUACCUGAAGGACUUGAUUCAUUAAAAUAUUCAAAUUUAUUACCAUAUAUUAUUUAUAUGAAAAUUCCAUCAACAAUUGAGAAAUUAAGAGAAUAUUUUUAUGUUAAUGAACAACAAUGGAUUGAAAUUGAACAAAUAUCUCGUCAAAUUGAACAAAAUUAUUCACAUUUAUUUGAUAAAAUUAUUUAUUUAAAUGAAUCAUUUGAUGAGAUUUUUUCACAAUUAAAAUCUUUAGUUAAACAUGUACAAAUUAAACCUAUGUGGGUUAAUCAAUGUUGGUUUUCUCCUAGAGAACGUUUUUAA